AAAGGAUAGAGUAGGAUUUGGUUGAAACCAGUCGACGAAGAAAUCACUUGAUAUUCCCCAACGAAAUACAGUACGAAAUUCGUAGACCAUCGCCAGGAUGAAGACGGUUUCAAUUCUUGUUUUAUUGGCAAUCGCGUCGGCACAAGUACUAACAACAUUGGCAGCUAUUCCUGUGGUCACAGCUAAACAAGGCAGCACAUUAAAACCGGCCAUAGGCGCCACUGUGGAACUGCAGUGUACGGGUGGAACCGCCCCUUACUCGUGGUUCAAGGAUGAUUCCACGACCAAAUUGGCCGAUGGAGGAGUAGUUUCGGGAUCAGCCACAAUCACCCUGAAGCUGACCAAAAUUACCAAAGCCGAUUACGGAAAAUACAAAUGCACCGCGAAGGAAGGAACUAGUUUGAAUGUGGAAUUAGAGGACCCAACAGAGCCAAUAACUGCAACAACUCCAACAACUGCAACAACUCCAAAAAGUGGAGCCACCCACCUGUCAGGCCUGCCCCUCGUCGUGAUGAUGCUCGCCUUCGUCGCAAGACUGUAUUUCUAAGAGAAUCGAGAUAGAGACUCAGUGUUGUGACGGUAUCCUCGAUUAUGUUGAUCACCCAAAGUUUACCUUUUAAAGGCACCCAUGUAUAUUUAAACCCAUGCACCAAUCAUGCACCCAUCAUGACAAAAUGAAACAACACCUGACAUGCGGGAGAGGUAUAAAACACUGCACUUCGAAUGACGUUUAGCACAAUUUUGUCGGGAGAUGUUACUGGCAAAUCUAACGAAGUCAAACUCGUGUCUGAUAUUUUCUGAAGAAUUUGUUGAAUUUUUGUGCUUUUACAACAACCUUCAUUUUUUGCAUUGUUGAUCAAUUUUUUUAUUUUUGAACAAAUUCAUUACAUAUAAAACGAAACUAAUGAACACAAUAACUUGUACACCAGUAACAGCACUGUCCAGAGCUCAAGCAGAAACGUAAAGAAAAUUUGUCAUCAAAAUUUCAUUAAAUUUUUUAAAUAUCAUGUCUUAAGUUGGUACCCGAUCCGAUUGUUGUGGCUCCACACUAUGGCAAGCUAAGCCUAUGACAUCCUUAUAGGAUCGAGGUUAACAAGCACUGAGUGUGACCAUACUUUUGUUUCAUUUUUACCUCCGUGGCAUAAAGUUUUUGGUUCAGAAGAUAUGAUUAUGAAAACAAACCAUUAACGUGAUUCCGACAGGUGGUAAACGACUUAUAUACAACUGGAGGUCCGUGUUCUAAGAAACAUUGCGGCGGUUUGCGUAAUUGUCGCAAUCUUACAAAUUUUGUUAUAGUAUCCUGUAUCAUCUCAUAUAUUAUCCUUAUAUGUACCUGUUGUAUCCUUAUAUGUAUCCUUAUAUGUACCUGUAGCCCAGAUUGUCGAGGAUACCGUAACGUUUCCGAAAGGGCGACCCUAUUACUCCUACAGCAUUGUCGGAUUCAAACGCAAUAUCAUUCAUUGAAAAUUAUCUCUACUAAAAUCACACACACACGUACACGCGCGCGCACGCGCACACGUCAAUCACAGCGUGGGAGUGUAGGGCGACCCCGGUUAUUCCUACAAAAUGGAUAGAAAUAAAAUCACACCGUAGUUGCUUCAAGGACUCGAAGCCGCAAGUUUAACAACGACGAACAGCGUUCGAAGAAUGUAUAACGUUGGUGUACUUUAUCUUAGACUUUUUUUAAAUCACCGAUUCCUCAUACGACUCUAAUGACGAUUAAGUAUAGGAGAUGAUUUGCGAGCGUCGUACUCCCGUUUUCGUUGCAGUUGCGAAACCUGCCUACUGUAACUGUUCGUUUUGUAGGAAUAACCUGAACUGGUUUUGGCCGACUGGAAUCGUACUGAAAGUAAUGAACAAGGAGCGAGUAACUUUUCGAGCUUCUUACGUUUUCAUGUCAGUCAGAAGCUACAUACUUUCACUAUGAUUAUGGUUGUGAUGACUUUGGCGUUAAAGGUCUUCGCCGUUCGUUUACUUUGGUGGUCGUUACCAAGAAAAAUGACACACACGACUGCCGUAAGGACUUGUCUUGUAGGAUUGUCUUACAGUAGGCCUAUAUGUUCUCGUAUAAUUGAUCACGUGAAACUUAUGUAACUGUAAUACACACAGAUGUUGCAUGCAUCGUCACUAUUGGCGUCGCCUGGUGUUAGAUAAGCUCACUCGAUUAAGUGAAGAUACGGAAAAAUACAAUGUCCAGACACGGCGUAGGCCAUUUAGAUUUACGAGUAUAGUCAGUAUAAUACGCUCUUUUCACUUUCAAAUGGUCUGUGAUAUAAAGUCAUUUCUUGCUUCCGCCGUUGUUUUGUGCAUGAAUAAAGUGAUUCGCUGAUUACCAGGUUUUAUACAUUUUAAAUGACAAUGAACCAUUUUGGCUGAACAUGCGGUCACAAAUGCAGUGCACAUGUACUUGGGCAGGAGGCGAUUUGUCUGAAAAUCAAUUGACUUUAUGAAAGUGACACCAGAGUAGGUAUCAGCUUGCUUGUAGAUAAAUAUUAUAGAAUAACAAUUGUACGUGUGGGUGCAUACAUGUACAUGUGUAAAUAAUGAUAUCUAGUCCUAUAAUUAUGAAUUGUAAAACAAAGAAAAAGUAGGAAUACAAUAUUAAUUUUACAACCAGUAAAUCCGCCACUAAUUCGACCAACUAUAAUUGUGUAUUCAAAAUACGUGGUCUUUUAAAUUUGUAGCCUAGCACACUUUCUUUCUUGAUAUUUUUCAUGAAUGAAAUAAACACGCUUGCUUGUCAAA